CGCCUCUACCAUUUCAUCGUCACAGACGACAUUAUCGAACUGCGCAACGAACUCGAAUCUUUUUUCAACAGAGCCGAAUGGCCAGUAAAUGCCAUCCUCGACCCAAAAGACACAAAUCCUCAGCGCUAUGCGAUUCUUGCUGUUUUGACAGCGUUGAUGUGUAGGGCUUUUAAUCGGUUGAUUGAGAAGGUUUGCCGAGGAAUGCACCGCCUAUAA